GGCGCCGCCCCGGGCCGCGGCGCCGCUGCGGGUCGCCGCGCCGCACUGCCGCGGGCUGGCCGCGGCCGCAGGCGUGUCGGCCUCGCAGGUGAAGGAGCUGCGCGACCGCACCGGCGCCUCCAUGGGCAAGUGCCGCCAGGCGCUGCAGGAGGAGGCGGGCGACCUGGAGAAGGCCGUGGAAUGGCUGCGGAGGCGGGGCAUGCGCUCCAUGGAGAGGCGCGCCGCGGAGUCCGCGGAGGCGCUGCUGGCGCUCGCGCUGGCUCCGCCCUCCGCGCCCGCCUCCGGCGCCGUGGUGGAGCUGCGGGCAGAAACCGACUUCGUCACCCGCGGGGAGCUGUUCCAGCAGCUGGUGGCGGCGCUGGCGCAGACGGCGGCGUCAGGAGGCGAGGGCGGCGGCCUGCUGGGCGCGAAGCUGGUGGGCGGGCCGCCGCAGGCCGCCGCGUCGGCGACUGCGGAGGCGGCCCUCCUGGAGCUGGGCAGCGUCUUGGGCGAGAAGCUCGUGCUCGGCGAGGUGUGGCAGCUGCGGGCGCCGGAGGGGGGUGUCGUCGGCGGGUACGUCCACCCCAAGCAGGCGCCGCGAGCAGGUGGCGGGGCGAGGAGCGGCGCGCGGGCGCAGGUUUGUGACCCCGAGCGGCUCGGCGAGCUCGCCUCGCGGCUCGCGCGCCACGUGGUGGGCGCCCAGCCGCGCUUCCUGAGCGUGGCGGGCAUUCCCGCGGAGACCGCGCAGAAGGAGAGGGAGACGGCGAAGGCGGCGUACCUCGCCCAGCUCGACCCGAAGAAGGCCGGCAGCAUCGACCAGCAGGUGCUGGACAAGGUGCUCACAGGGAAGAUGCAGAAGUUCUACCAGGAGCACGUGCUCCUGUGCCAGGGGCUCGUGGCCCCGCAGGGCGCCGGCGGCACGGCCGAGGCCAAGGCCGCGCCAGUGGCGGAGGUGCUGGAGCGGGAGGCCAAGGCCCUGGGGCUGGAGAGGAUUGUUAUCACCGACUUCAAGCUCGCCGUGCUGUGAGCGAUGAGAGCCGCUCCCGCUCCUUACCUCUCGCCCGCCGCCACCCUGCCGCACAGAGCGCCGCCGCCCCA